AUGUCCUCUGCCCAUGAUGCCACCACCAAGAUCUCCAUCGACAAGUUCGACGGCGACAACUACGCGACGUGGAGCCGCUACAUGCGUGGCGUGUUCCUGACCAAGUCGGCGUGGCACGUGGUGAACCGGGAGACCACCCCCACCUUCGCCGAUCCUCGCGCCAGUGACGACUACGUCAAGACGAACAACAUUGCGUUCGGCUUGAUGCUGCUGCACAUGAGCGCAGAUUAUCAUCACGUGGUUGAUGACUGUGAAGAGGCGUGGGUCGCGUGGGCGCGUUUGAAGACGCUGUACGGCGGGUCGCAGAAGGCUGGACGCAUCUACUUGAAGCGCCAGCUGUUCAGCAUGGAGAUGGCGGAAGGCGGCAAUGUGAUGCAUCAUUGCAACGAAGUCCUCAACAUCAGCGCGAAGCUCAGCAGCAUCGGCGCCAAGAUGGAGGACGAGGACGUGGACGAUCUGCUUGUUGCGCAGCCUCCCCAAGAGCUACGAGAACGUCGUUCUCAACUUGGAGAUGAGCAGCGCGGAACUGCGAUCGCGAGACGUCACGCGGCGAAGGCGUUCAGUACCGAGCGUGAACCUCGCCAGUGUACAUACUGCGGAAAAUUGGGGCACACGGCGGAGCGGUGCUGGACCAAGCAGAAGGACGAGAAUCAAGGUGGAGCUCGACGCGGCGGCAACAAUGCUCGUGGACGCGGAGCCAACAACGUUCAGUGGCGAACCAACAGCAACUACGACGACAACUACGAUCGAGUUGCGUUCGCGGUUUCGCUGGAGGCUGGACUUUCGACGGGCAAGAAUAUGCCAGGGAUGUGGGCAGUCGACAGCGGUGCGACGCAUCACAUCUGCAACGACAAGGCCAAGUUUGCAAGCCUGAAUGAGCGAGAGGAAGGCGAACUAUCAGUGGCUGAUGGCAGCAAGGCUGCGAUCAAGGGUGUGGGAACCAUCAUGGAACGGGUGGUUCUGCCCAAUGGUGACGAACUCAACAUCGAGAUCAAGGACGCACUGUUCGUACCAAGUAUGAGCAAGAAUCUGCUUUCGGUGCCACAGAUCAACAAGGGUGGCAGGUUCCAAGUCGUGUUCGACGGAUCCAAGAUGCAAGUGAAGCGCAAGAAUUCCACACAACAACACGCAAUGGGACCAUCGACUUGCAUGGGUCAUGCACCCCUCGAAGUUCUGCGCAAGAUGGUGGCCACUGGCAUGAUCAAGUACGCCAAGGCACCUCUCAACUCGACUGGUCCAAGUGUGUGUCGCGGUUGCCAGCAAGGAAAGAUGGUUCAAAAACCAUUCCCAACCAACCGUGACAAGCGCCAACAUGGUGUGUUCGAGUUGCUGCACUUCGACAUCUGCGGGCCAAUGGAACAAGUCUCGAUCGGCGGCAGCAGAUACUUACUGCUUGUGGUUGACGAAGCUAGCGGUUGCAUGAAGGGCUUCUGUCUGCGGUCCAAGUCUGAGAGUGAAGACUGUAUCAAGAACCACAUCAUCAAGAUUCAAACUCAGUUCGGCACGAAGAUCAAGUUUGUUCGGCACGAUGGAGCGCAUGAGUUUGCGACCAACUCCAUCAAGACCUUCUACGAAGAUCAUGGUAUCGAACAACAGAUCACGGUGCCGUAUGCACACCAGACCAACGGCACCGCAGAACGCGCGAUAAGGACCAUCGUCACGAUCGGACGCAGCUUAUUGCAUCAUGCAAAACUGGAGAAGUGUUUCUGGGCUGAAGCGGCAAUGACGGCGAUCUACAUCAAGAACCGCCUGCCUUCACCCAAGAUCGACCACAAGACUCCGUUCGAGAUCGUGUACAAGUCGAAACCAAGUGUCAAGCACAUGCGCGUGUUUGGAUGUCGGGCGUUUAUCCUGACACCAAGGGAGAAGCGAUUGAAGUGGGACCCGAAGGCUUGUGAAGGGAUGUUCAUGGGCUACGAAGAAGCGUCAAAAGCUUAUCGAGUGUACGACAUUGAGACGGACCAAGUGGUGAUCAGUCGUGACAUCACCUUCGACGAAUCGACUUUUGACUUUUCGAUGGACCGACCAAGUGACGAUGAUGAAGAUGCGGAGUUGGACCUCGACCUCCUGGCGAUCAACGAGGACGACGUGCGUCAAACCGUCUACAAGCAGACUGGCAAGCGCAAGAGUGAAACAAGACCCGGCAUGUCACGUUCAGCUCGCCCUCGAACUGGGUUGGAACAAGCAAGUGCGCCGGAACACGUCUCCAACUGUCACCAGAAACGACGAUCAAGUGCUCCAGAAACGAUGUCUGAUGACGAAGAAGAUACAAGCGUCUACGAUCAAGAUGACGACUCGACGCCUCCAACAUUUUGGCGUGCAAGCGCAAACGCAGUGGAAGCAACGGACCUAGCAGAACCUGUGACUUUUCAAGACGCGAUCAAUGGUCCUGAUCAAGCUCACUGGCGAAAUGCUGUGAAGGCGGAGCUCAAGUCGAUGCAUCUUCGUGGAGUUUUCCGUGCGACAAAACUACCAAGAGGCCAAGGCGCGAUCGGCACCAAGUGGGUGUUCAAGAUCAAGCGCAAAGCGGAUGGAUCGGUCGAGAAAUACAAGGCGCGUCUCGUUGCCAAGGGCUUCAAGCAGAAGUACGGUAUCGACUACACAGAGACGUUCUCGCCCGUGGUCAAGUACGUGACACUGCGUAUGGUGAUCGCGAUCACCAAGUAUUUCGACUGGCCACUGGACCAACUCGAUGUGGUGACAGCCUUUCUCUACGGAGUGAUGAAGGAGAAGGUGUACUGCGUGAUACCAGAAGGCGUCGAGAUGGAUGGCGACUUCGACUGUCUCGAGUUGGUGAAGGCGAUCUACGGUCUCAAGCAAGCUUCACGUGUGUGGAACGAGACUUUCGACGAGUUCGUAUGCUCUAUCGGUUUCGAAGCGUCGGCGUUCGACCCAUGUCUCUACAUCAAGGUUGUCGACGGUCACUGUGUGCUCGUGCUGGUCUACGUGGAUGACGUGUUGGUCACCGGCAGCUCACUCGAGUUGAUUGCGCAGACGAAGGCCGACCUCAAGACGCGUUUCGAGAUGACCGACAGUGGCAAGUGUACUUUUGUACUGGGCAUCGAACUGGUGGACGAAUCGGAUGGCAGCGUGACGAUGUGCCAGCGACGGUAUGUCAACGACAUCCUCAAGCGCUUCGGCAUGGAUGAGUGCAAGGCCACAGCAAGUCCGGUGGACUUGAGCACUCGGCUUGUCGCAAGCAGCGAAGCGGCCAAGAUCGACGUUCCGUUUCGUGAAGCUGUGGGAGCUUUGAUGCACUUGACGACUGCGACGCGCCCGGAUAUUGCGUAUGCUGUGGGGUACGUCUCGCGCUUCAUGGAGAAUCCGCAGCAAGAACAUUGGACGGCGGUGAAGCGCAUCUUUCGUUACUUGCAAGGGACCAAGUCACACGGACUCCGCUUCCAGCCAAGCAACAAGAUCGACUUUCGUGGUUACUCGGACGCGGACUGGGCCGGCGACCACGCUGAUCGCAAGUCGACUUCGGGUUACACUUUCAUGCUGAUGGGUGCUCCUGUGAGUUGGGGAAGCAAGAAGCAGUCAAGUGUGUCGCUAUCGACGAGUGAAGCGGAAUACAUCGCACUGAGUCUGGCCAUCCAGGAAGGCAAGUGGGUGCAUCGCCUGCUAUGCGAGAUUUUGGCGGCCGCAAACGAACCAGGACCGGACCUCGUCAUCCGUGAAGACAACCAGUCGUGCAUCAAGAUGACGAAGAAUCCGGUGAAUCAUGGCCGCGCCAAGCACAUCGACAUCAAGUACCAUCACAUCCGUGAUGAGGUCAAGCGCGGUGAAGUGCAGCUCGAGUAUUGCGAGACUUCCGUGAUGAUGGCGGACAUCAUGACCAAGGGACUUUCGGGACCUCGUCACAAGGACUUGACGACGGCUCUCGGCAUUCGUGCGAGUUCGGAUUGA